UGAGGCAAAAAAGAGGUCUCCGCGAAGGUGCAGCAGAGGACUGGCUAAUGUGCGAGUCGCCGGCGCUGUUAAUAGUCCCAUUCCGACAGAAAAGUGCUUUGGAAAUUUAAUCUGCUAAUUAUUGACAUGGACGUUUAUAAAUAGAGUUUAUAAUGAAAGCACUGAGAGCCCUUAACUGCCACGUGCAGCUAUAAUCUGAAGGAGUUUGGAGCGUCAGGAAUAAGAAAAAAACCACCUCACUUCCAAAGCCUGUAUGUUUGUGGAUAUAUUGUUUGAGGAAAAAUAGGAGAUUCCGAUAAUUGAGUUUCUAUCAGCUGUUCAAAACAAGAUGUAUUGGCAAAUCAUUCUGACCAUGUUUGUGCAGUUGGACUUUCUUCAAAUGGCAGUUGCCCAUUGUAUGGUCUAUCAGAUUCCUCCUAGGAACUUCUCAUUACCUUGUGUGCUGCUGAAUGAGACGCUUUUGAGUCCUCUCUCUGCUAGAGCUGUGGAGGGCUGGUCUGGUUUGAAUGGAGAGCAUGGAGCUGCCGAAGCCAACUCUCCCUUGAUAAUGACUGAAGAAAGUUUUCUCUGUUGCCUUUGGAGUGAUAACAACAUUGAUUGCUCUUUGUACAGAGCAAGCAUGCAAACAAGGAUGUUUAUUCCUUCAGAAAUAAGCAUCUCGGCUUCUCAGGAAGCAGAUUCAAAUUGGAACAUUGAAUGCUGGAUUAAAGGAGAGCUGGACCUGUUAGUUUGUAGCCUGCGGUUUUUGAAGUUGUACUUGAGAGCUGAUUUGAAGGUUAAUCUUUUAUAUGCUGUAUCAGAGCUGUCGCUGGGAGAAGUAUCUACAAGCUCUCUAAAGGGGACUGUAAUGGUUGCUUCUUGUGACUGCAGUGAGUAUGACAAGUGUGAGUGCUGUGUGCCCUCUCUGAGGCUCAACUACACCUACAUCAUGUGGCUGCAGAUUAUGAUUGGUGUAACGCCUCUUUGGUCACCUUUAAUGUCUGUCAAGCCUCUAAACAUAGUAAAGCCUGAACCUCCUUUGAACCUGCAUCUAGAAAUGACAGAGAAAGGUCAAGUGAAGAUCUGCUGGUCUGGCCCAGUGCUGAUGCCAUACCCACUUAAGUAUGAAGUAAAGUUCUCUGCAAAUUCAAGUCAAAACAGCUGGCAGAUGGUUCAAGUUGUCCUAGAAACCUCGUUGGCCAUAGACAAUGCACUACUUGAUUCUUUAUAUUUAGUUCAAGUGCGGUGCAAGAAUCUGUAUGGUCCAGGGUUCUGGAGUGACUGGAGCACGCCAUAUGAUCUGCACUCAGCAGAAGUCCUGUACUUCCCUCCUAAGAUACUGACCAGUGUUGGUUCUAAUGUUUCCUUUCAUUGCAUCUAUAGUAACAAAAACAAGAUAGUAGUGUCCAAGAAGAUUGUUUGGUGGCUGAAUUUAGCAGAAGAAAUCCCAGAAAGUCAGUACACACUUGUGAAUGAUCGCGUAAGCAAAGUUACUCUCUUCAACUUGAAAGCAACAAAACCUAGAGGAAAUUUUUACUAUAAUGCAGUGUACUGUUGUCAUCAAAAUAGGGAAUGUCAUCACAGAUAUGCUGAAUUAUAUGUAGUAGAUGUGAAUAUCAAUAUCACAUGUGAAACUGAUGGGUACUUAACUAAAAUGACUUGCAGAUGGUCUGCAAACGCAAACACAUUGCUCGUGGGGAGUUCUUUGCAGUUAAGAUACUACAGGAGCAAAAUUUAUUGUUCUGACUUCCCAAGUACUUCUUCAAAAUCAGAGGUGAAAGAAUGCCAUCUGCAGAGGAAUCUUUCUUAUGAGUGCACAUUUCAGCCUAUUUUUCUUUUAUCUGGAUAUACUAUGUGGAUAGAAUUUAAACACUUCCUAGGAACUCUUGAAUCUUCACCAACUUGUGUCAUUCCAGCAGAUGUAGUGAAGCCGCUUCCUCCCUCCAGUGUUAAGGCAGAAAUCACCAGGAAUGUUGGGCUGCUGAAUGUGAGCUGGACAAACCCUGCAUUUACAAACAAUGAUCUUAAAUUUCAGAUUCGGUAUGCUGUGAAUAGAGAAGAAAUUACAUGGGAGUUGUAUGAAAUUUCAGAUGCACCAACAAGAUCAGCUGUGAUAAAAGUGCAGGAACUUUGUGUUGAGUAUGUUGUUCAGAUCCGCUGCAGAGGACUGGAUGGAUUAGGUUACUGGAGCAAUUGGAGCAGAUCAGCCUAUACAGUCGUAAAAGAUAUCAAAGCUCCCCUACAAGGUCCUGAAUUUUGGAGAAUUAUUACUGAAGAUCCUGCAAGGAGGCAGAAGAACGUUACACUUCUGUGGAAGCCACUGAUGAAGAAUCGCUCAUUGUGCAGUGUGAGCCGAUAUGUUAUAAAGCACCAGACAUCAGAAAACACUACGUGGUCAGAAUAUGUUGAUAAUGGCACUACCUGUUCAUUUCCAUGGACUGAGCACACACAUACCAUUACAGUUUUAGCCAUGAAUUCAAUUGGAGUUUCUUCAAUUAAUUUUAAUUUAACUCUAUCACAGCAGAUGAGCACAGUGAACGCCGUGCAGUCACUCAGUGCCUACCCGGUGAACAGCACUUGUGUAAUUCUGACUUGGACGCUUUCACCUCAAGUAUAUGUGAUAACAUCUUUUGUUAUCGAAUGGAAAAACCUUAACAAAGAAGAGGAGAUGAAAUGGAUGCGAGUUCCUCCAAAUAUAAGCAAGUAUUAUAUUUAUGAUCACUUUAUUCUGAUUGAGAAGUACCAGUUCAGCCUGUACCCUGUAUUUGCUGGAGGAGUUGGCAAAUCCAGAGCUACGGAUCAAUUUAUCAAAGAUGGGUCUGAAAAUCAGAAUAAUGCCAGCCUCUAUGUGGUUCUGCCAAUAGUUAUUUCAACCUCAGUUUUGUUGCUUGGAGCACUGAUGAUUUCGCACCAAAGAAUGAAGAAACUGUUUUGGGAAGAUGUUCCAAACCCCAAGAAUUGCUCCUGGGCACAAGGAGUUAAUUUUCAAAAGCCUGAAACUUUUGAGCAUCUUUUUGUCAAGCACCCUGAAGCAAUGUCAUUUGAGCCUCUUCUUCUGGAACCAGAAAUAGUGCUGGAAGACAUCAGUGUUACUAAAGCAUUGAAAAAAGAAGACGCACAAGAUUUUUUAGUAAUUGAUUCAAUGUUUACAAAGAUUCAAGACUCUGAACAUGACUCUGCUUGUUGUAGCAGCCAUUUCAGUAGUAACAGCUUCUCUGAGAGCUCCCAUGAUGACAAAGUCAGUGGAGAAAUGACACGGCAGUCCAAUAUUAAAUAUGCUACUGUUAUCAGUAACUCCAAAUCAAGUGGGCUUUACGAACAGAAACAGAAUCACAGCAGUGCCUUUGAUAGAUGCUGCUUAGCUGAAGAUUCCUUAGUUACAGGUGCCUUCCCAAGCAGUUCUUGGGAGAUGGGAAAUCAGGCAUUUCUGAUAUUACCUGAGCAGCAUGGCAGUCAGCCCAGCAAGACUCUCUCUCUUUCCCUUAUUUCUUCAGAGGGAUUUUCAGAACCUUCAGACCAGGAUGAUACUUUCACAGAUGGUGACAGUCCUGAGCGGAGCCUGUAUUACCUAGGGAUAACAUCAUUUGAAAAAAGAGAAAAUGACAUUUUUCUUACAGAAAGUUCAGGAGUCAUGUGUCAGUUUCAUACAACUGAUCUCAAAGAUAGGGGUUUUCUUCAGAAUACAUCUCCUAAUUUAAAUGCUUUUAUCGAAAGUAGCCUUAAGUACAAAGCCAUUGUGCCAUACAUGCCACAGUUUCAGAUGACUGCUGCCAAAACGCAAGAGACCACAGAGAACAAAUGUUAAGUCACCACACCAAUUUGAUACUGUUUGUAUUUUUUAAGUGUCGAUGUGUUCCCCCGUUGUUCCCUCUCCUGGCUUCUUUCAGGAACUCUCCUGUUUUGAAGUUGGGUAACUGAGUCUAUAUUUGAGUGCCAGGAUUUUAGUAGGAAGAAAUUCCAUUUCUUGGCCUACCUUUCAAAAGCGGGGCCUUCGUUUAGAUGCUUGGUUGCGUUCAAGCUAGCAUCUGGUGCCAAAUUGCCUAUUGUUGCUGCCUGUUAGGUGUACUUCUGAGCGCUCUGGUGAAGAAUUGCACUUGGACUCUGUGCCAUAGACAUUCAUUCAGGUGAGAGGAUUGGAUGCAAUCUAAAUGCACUCUUUGUUAAUGCUCAGUCCUCGGGCUCUGUCCUAGGCUGUGGUCUAUCCCCAGGACAGACACUUUGAUAGCUUUGAAAGCCCUCCUUAGCCGUAGCCGGCUGCAGCAGACAAGCACAGCUGCACAGGGCUGGGGUGCAGCAGAGCUCAGCAGCACAAUCCAGAUGUCUUCAGUGUGACAACAGACUUUUCCUCCAGCUGGAGAGACGUACAGGAGCUGGGGCUGUUGCGGGCCUUGGUGUGGAGAUUUCCAGACACCCCUAAACAGCUGGGUAGGAUUCAGCCAACAUACACUGAAGAUACACAGCUCCCUUUUUCAUUCAUUUGCUAAAUGCAGAGGUGAAAUAUGCCCUUACAUUCUCCUUGUGGAUUGCAUCCAAUUCUGUAUCAGUGGACUUUCAGUUUAUCUUUGCUAAACAUGACCAAGUUUUCUGCAGGGGUGAGCGCUGGGUGUAUGUCACCAAUAUAGACCCAUACACAAGUUUCUCUCUGUUUAGGAGUAAACUCUCUCUUCUCUUUAAAUAUGUGGGCAAACAGUGUUGAAAAGAGCUUGCUCUUGUUUAAGUAUUUGUUUGUGGGUCCUAAGUGCAAGAUGGAAAAGAGUAGCCCGAUACUAUUAAAGAGAAGACUGAAAUGGUAUGUACAUAUGUGUUGAUGGAGGAAAUACCGCAACGUGUCACUUCACUGAGGAUGACUUGUGACAACGAGUGCGACAGACUGAGUUGAUCUGGACGCAGCACAGCCGGUUAUGAGACAGCAGUGUCCAGCUGAACCACGGGCAGCAAAUGGAUGCACUGUAUAAGUACCAAAUACAUUUGCUAGGCUUUUUCCCCCAAAACUCUACUGUAUUUGCUGCUUACUUGACAUCUGUAUUAAAUUGACCUUGUUUAAAAAAAGGGGGUGGGGGGGAGCAGAUGGUCUACAUUAAGAAACAGUCAGAAUCAUGGAUUUCGAUUGUUGAAAGGCUGUAACCAAAGAAGGUGAAGUUAUGACUGUUUUUAUGUUGUUUCUUUUGAUGUAAAAUGAAAAUGUCCAUCAAUAGCAUCAAAGAGCUUUAAGAGAAGGUGUGAGGUCAGAAACAUGUGCUGAACAGUUUAUCACUACAUAAAAUGUUUCCUGAAGAAGUGACUGUUCUAGUAGCUGAAGAUUUACUGUAGUGCAAGAAGAGGAAGAGAAUCAAAAUUCUUGCGGCUGUGUUAAUUGUGGGGUGUUAUCCAGGUAAAAUGAUGCACUUGGAAGUAAAAUUUCCACAUUUUUGGAACUGUGUUAAACAUGAGAUUCUAGCACAAGUGGUACCGCAAUAAGACUAACGUGUUUUCCAAACCCGUUUCAUAAGAAUCCACAGUAGAAGAGGCAGUAAUUUGAUCCAAGUAUAGUCUCAUGGUUACCUAGAUGGAAAAAAAUUCUGUAUUUUUAAUCUCAGAGAGACUAGCUCAGCUGUGUGGACUAGGGGAAGCCGCUUCGUCUUCAUAAGCCCUGCUCAACUCCACUGAAAAGCUUCAGGUAUGAGGAAAAUUAGAUCUUGCAUCCCAGCUCAGUUUUCUGAGAUAAAUAAAAACAUGCACUUGUUUGCAAGCCGAAUAUAUAUUUUCUAUUUUAUAGUUAGUAAAUAUUUUAUAUGCAUACUUUUUCAAGGAACUAUUUUGAAGAGCUAAGAAAGAAUGCUCACAGAGAUGAAAAUACUGUGUACUCCAAAGCUAAAUUCACCUAAAAUUAUUCAGGCAAUUUAAACAGAAACCAGCAACAACAGUAACUGGUAGGAGAAGCAUAGAAAUAUUUUAAUCUGUUAGUGAUAAGAAAUUAUAUGGGGGAAAAGGGCCCAGAGCAAGUCUGUAUCUGCACUUUGAAUUUAAGGUAUGCUUUUACCAAAAACCCACCACAUCCACCACUUUUUUUCAAACAAGCUGCUAACCUAGAUCUCACUAAAUGUCUCUGUUUCUGGCUGCUGAAUGACAUCAAAAAAGCCUAAUGUCCUUGUUUUAAAAAAGCUAUAUAUGGGGAGAAAGGAGUUGAAACAUGUCUCGUGUUAGUAACCAAAGCUCCUUGUCACCUGAAAGUGAUGGAAGGCUGCAGGGAAAAAUCUGCAAAGUCUUGAGAAGGUUCUUGUUGAGUUCAGCAGGUUUGUGACACAGGUGCCCCAAGGCAUGACUUCUGAUUGCUCUGUUGGAAUAAUGUGUGUGUUUAAAGACAGCAGCAGGAGGAAAGCCGGGAUUAACAGCUAGGUGAAUACCAAACUUAGAAUACCCAAGAAAUCACUCCUGCGGGCACGUGGACUUCACCUGGUGCAACCUCCAGGGUCCUACGAGAGAUCCAGCAGCUCACUCAGGUGUUGCAUUCUGUCUUUCCUGAUGUUUAUUCUAUCCGAUUUGAUGUCCUCUAGAUACUGACGUUUGAAGAUGCAGUGAGGUUAGUGUAGUUCUGCUGCAAAUCCUCCCCAGCUAACGCCCCAGAGACCCCUCAUGGUGCAACUGACACUUGGGUGGAAGGGAAGGACAGGAUUCCAGCGCACCAACUUUCUCCUCUUGUUAACCUGGGAUACAGAAGUAGUGUGAAUGAUUCAGAUCCAGUUUUGUAACAGCUGCCGCAGUAUAAUCCUGUCACCUUGUGUUAGGAAGAGAGACUCCUCUCCCAGGGCCCCAGCAAGAGACCCAUCUGCUUAGCCUUGUUGCCGCUGGGAAGUGAAAAGGAUAGUGCCCUUCUGUGUGUGGACUGGAAUAUUAAACACUUACGAAAUUCUUCAUGAUAAGCUAUCUUCUCUAGGUAUGCAAUAUGGAUUUUUUUUUUAAUUCUUCUAUUCGGUAAAGUUAUUUAGUUGCAUUUGAAGAUUUUUUUGUCUCAAAAAAUGAAAAGCCACCAUCAUGCUGGACUCUGGCAUGCCUCAGUAGUGACGUCAGGAGAGCGUUUUCAGACUGGAAUUGCUGUGGUCCCUGCGCUGCACUCCACGAGCUCCUUCACCCUGCCCGUGCUAUGCUCUUAGCACCGAGCGGGGAGCCUUACGGGUGGAUGUCGCUUGGCUAGUCUUGCCGCUCGGAGGUUGGUGCAUUCAAAUACAAGUGCAGAACAUCUAGUUUCAGUGGAUGUUGGUGGGAUUUCUGGACAUGGCCAUAAUUUGGAGUCUGGCCUGUCCUCUUGGAGUGCCUCUGUAAUCCUAGUGAUUUUUUUCCUAAGGCCCAUAUCAAGUGGUGGUGCUUAAAAAAAACCCAUUGAUUUGGUAUUUGCAAAAUUUCCUGCAGUGACUGUGAGAAAUACUGCAGAUACGAGCUGAUCUCUUCUGCUUCAGCAAAGAGAAAAGAUUUUACAGAUAACAACUGUAUAAGCAAGUGGUUUAAUCCCUUAAUGUAUGUAUGUGUUUUCUUAAGCAAUCUCCGUAUCUCCAAUUCCUAAAUUUCUGGUAAUGCAGGUAACGCUGGGUCCUUUCAGUGCUGAAGGGCAGGGCAGCUGUGCAAGCUUGUUCAAUAAAUACUUCCCCAAACUGGC